GGAGCCAGUGUUCAGCUGGAAGUAUAAAACCAAGUCAGUCACCACGACUGUGCAAAUACACAAUAUGCUUGCAUCUGCGAGCAGAAACUUUCUUUAAACAAGGCCCUCGAAAACGUAGGAGUAGAUCGACACAGGAAAAGUUGUUCCAUAUAAACCAUCCUGUGUAGAUCCGUCAGAAUCAUAGUACUCUAAUCUGCAACUAAAAGACGAGAAAAAAUGAGACUACCACGACAGAUAUAUAUGACCUCAGAUGCAAAAUUAAAGUGGGACCAGGCAAAUCGAAUAACUCAUGGUUUUUUUCAAAAGGCUCCGAUCGCGAGAUGCCAGAGUUUCUCGUCCCAAGUGCAAGAAAACCAGAUCACACUCCAUCCAAACUCUUACGCAAGCCCGAAACUACAUAUGGAGAUCGAUACUGGCAAAAUCGAUCACGCCAGCAGCACAACAGCCUGCACAGCCUGAGGGACGGGAGCAGCGACAACUUCUCAUCGAGCCCAAGAAUGUUCAGAACAAUCCAAGAACUCGGCGGUAAAUAAUAAGUUCCCAGUUUUCUUGGCCCAAGUGCAAACCACACAUCACGCUCCAUCGACCAGGCCCGAGGAGGACGCGCCAGGAUGACUCAGCAAAAUUUCGUCUCAAAUUCGAAAUCGCGCAGCUUGCAGCUGCAGCAAGCGCGAGCGCGCUUGCAGCUCAACGUGUUUUAAAACGGGGAGUGAAUCCACAUUCACUCUAAACGGAUGGGCAAUCUCGUAUCGUGUUCACAAGCAAAAGAUGGGGAGCACGGAGAGAGUAAGCCCCGUUCUGUUACGAACCCGCGUAGACCGCGAGCCGGCGGAAUGCAGGACUGUGCUGUAGCGAGCUUCCCCGCGAGGAACGAUUAAGCUCAGCCGAGGCCUCUGCGCGGCGCUCCUCACUCGGGGGUCUGCCCUUCCGGGCUGGCAUUCUCUGCCCGUACACCCGCUCUUGGGGUGCCGCUCGGGGACUUUCGCACGGCGGUGAUAGUCCAUGCACCGGAAGUCCGGUCCAUGUACGCCGAAGCAUCCCUUCUCCGUGCAGACGAAAGAAGCGGCAAAACUUAACACUCUCUUAAGCGACCCUGAGGGGUUCUGAGGAUAGAUAGUCAGAAUGAAAAGUGUGGAGACACCACACUGAUUAUGGUUUACGAGAAGCCUUUACGCAGGGUUUGCGGAUGUAGUAUAUCCUGGGUUCUUGACCAGAGCUUACUGUGAGCGAUUUUCUCCUGGCUAAGAGUUCUUUGCCUGGCAUUAAUAUUGAAC